CUGAGGACAGGCAGAGCUACAGUUGCUUCCAGCAGCAGAGAAAAUACAUCAGCAUGGCAGCCACCAUGUGUCAGGUGAUGGGCUUCGUCCUGAGUUUGAUAGGAGUAGCAGGAAUAAUCGCAGCGACAGGGAUGGACCAAUGGGCCACACAAGACCUCUUUGACAACGUUGUGACGGCCGUGUAUUCGUACUCGGGUCUGUGGAGGUCCUGUGUCAGACAGAGCUCCGGCUUGACAGAGUGCCGGCCGUAUUUCACCAUUCUGGGCCUGCCAGCUCUGCUCCAGGCCGUCCGGGCCUUGAUGAUCGUCGGCAUUGUUCUCGGAGCUAUCGCCUCCUUCAUCGCCAUAUUCGCGCUGAAGUGCUUGAAAAUGGGAAACAUGGAGGACAACAUCAAGGCCACGAUGACUCUGACAGCCGGGAUCAUGUUCGUCGUCGCAGGUGUCUGUGGCAUCGCUGGAGUGUCGGCAUUUGCUAACUUGAUUGUGCAAAGUUUUCGGUUCACGACGUACGCCGAGGGUGGAUUUAACACGUAUGGAACAGCCAACGUUGGUGGACUAACAGGAUCUCUGACUCCGAGGUACACGUUUGGCCCUGCUCUGUUCGUGGGUUGGAUCGGUGCAGCUAUCCUGCUUAUUGGAGGCAUCAUGAUGUGCCUGGCCUGCCGUGGAAUGGUUCCCGACAGAAAGCAACGGUACGACGGGAUGGCCUACAAAGCUGCUUCUCAGCACACGAUGUACAAGUCUGACACCAGAUCUCGGCCCGUCUACAACGACUCCUACAAAGCUCAGAGUGUGGAUGGAAGGCAGUCGAACCAGAGGUUUGACUACGUGUAGAAACAUGCCAGCCUUGUAAUUACUUUUUUUAUAUUCUGCAGUGCUAAGAAGACUUUCUGAUGGACCUAUUGUAAAAGAUGGACGUGGUCUCUGGGUCUGAAAAGUAAAUCCAAUGUUAAAGUGACUUCAAUCUGCAUUUCUUCUAACUGCCAGCAGGAGGCGACUCCUCUGGUGGCAAAAAGAAAUCUGAUUGUAUAGAAGUCUAUGAGAAAAUCAGUGUAACUCCUCAUGUCACCUUUCCCUUUGUAAACAUUUUAUUGAUCAGUUAAUGGUCUGAGUCUCCAGUUUCGGAUCAUUUUCAAUACAGCACAAUGUUCGUUUCAUAAAUUAUGGUCCAAUUUAAAGUAAAAUAGACGAUAAAUCAGAAAAUAUUUUAGAGCAGCAAUGACCAAAAUCCAGUCUUCAAAGAUGACAUCGCAGUGGCUCCAUCCAUGUUCAUAUGCAGUCUGUGGUUUUUUUCCUCAUUUUUUAAGCAAACAUUCAUUGGAAGCGCAGUUAUUUUUUUUAUUUCUCUCUACUUUCAUUUCAUAGCAAAUUUGAGUUCUAAUUGUAUUGUUAAAUAGCAAAGUGUAAUCACAGUUAUAAAAUAGUUAUGUCAUUUGUGCUGUGUCUGUGUCAAAUAAAAUGUCAUUCUUA